AUGCGGCAAUAUCGUCUGCCCUUGGAAAUCAUCUCCCUGGUCAUUUCGUACCUCGAUGUCUCAACAAGCUCUUCUCUGGUUCCAUAUGCUACAGUUAGCCGAGAGUGGCAGGCCUGCAUUGAGCAACGCACGUUUGCAAUUCUUAAGCUAAACAGCCCCCAGCGGCUAGAGGAAUUCUGUCAAAUUGUUGCUUGCAAUAAGCAAAGACAAAUAUACGUUCGGGAACUACAUCUCCUAAUCCAUCUUGAACCAUAUGAUAUUAAGGCGCGUGCCUACUUCGAGACAGCUGCUGAACACAGUCGUAAUAAUGAAAUUUUUGUCCAAACGAUGCAAAAAGUCCUCCAGAUUCUAUCAACCUGGCCAGAGAACCAUCGAGGAAUCAAACUAUCCAUUCAGGCGCAGUCCCCUGGCGACCCUGUCAGAGGCGACAGACAACGCCUCAAGAGAGCUCGCCACACACCAGAAGAGGAUCUACUGGACCGGAGAUUUGAAAGAUCUUACCUUCAGAAUAUGGAUUUGACCCUAAAGGAUAACGAAAAACGGGAUCAGGAGCUCCGCAAGCGCAACCGGGAUGUUACGGAACUUUUCACAGCAGCUUACAUCAUUGUCUCUGAGUGA